UGCAUGUCUACCCCGGCCUCCACCGCAAAACAUUCGCAAGUCGACUGAAGGAUGUUCAUCGAUCUGAACGUCCCAAUCCCUGCAUCGUUCUCGAUGCACCUGGGUGGGCAAGCACGAAGCAAAAAGAACAAGGGAAAGCAGCCCGCUGCUGUUCAAGAAACCGUGAGCGUGACAUUCACACCAGCCCAGAUCUCCGUCAUCGAGAGACGCAUCGACCUGCUCGUGCAUUUAGGAUACACCGUCUUCGCUCUGAACCAGACCGUUCGCAGCAAGGUCGAACGGAAGACCCACGUCAACAUCAUAGAUCCUCUGGUUGCGCAGCUGCGCGAACGGACCGGGGUUGUGAUCCUGAAGCGCAUAACGAUCGUUCUUGAUGAGGACAGCGAGCAGGGAUACGGACUGACAACCGCCAACGCAUCGUUAUUCGCCCCAUACGACAUCAUCUCGCUCCUGCCCACCACCGCCAAAUCCUUCUUCCUCGCAUGCGACAAAGGCACCGAGCCCUCACCGCUCACCGCGCACAUCAUCGCGCUCCCGCUCACCCUCCCUCGCCUCCCCUUCUACCUAAAGCACACCAUGGUCCGCAAAGCGAUCAAGCAGGGCGCAGUCUUCGAGAUCCAGUACGCAGGCGCGCUCGGCGCCGAGGUCGAUCUCGGUGGGAUCGGCGGCGAGGGCGGGACAGGUGCGAAGCGCAAUUGGUGGGCGGCGGCUAGGGAGGUCAUACGGGUGACGAACGGAAAGGGAGUUGUGGUCAGUGGGGGGGUCUUGAACGAUGCUGACCUUCGAGCACCGCGAGAUGUGGCUAAUUUGAUCACCAUGCUCGGCCUCUCGCAAGAUGUCGCGCAUGAUGCGAUAAGCAGGGUUCCACAAUCACUAAUUCUGCGUGCUCAGACGCGAAGGACGUAUCGCGCAAUCUUCUCAGAACCGAAAAUUGUCAUUCCCAGUGCUACGACGGCAUCGACAGCGACAGCCUCAGGCCCAACUGCUGCAGAGUCGAAGCAGACCGUCCUCGAGGAGCAGGAUGAUGCUGGAUCUGCACCCGAUGCUUCAUCCAAAGUCACAGAACCUCCCGAUGCAACCCCACCUGCACCACUAAACCAAGCCGAAUCUGUGCCUCAAGACAAUCCGCAGAAAAAUGACAAGAAGAGGCCCCUUUGUGAAGGCACAGACGAGGUUGCCCAGUCACCAAAGCCAGGACCAGCUGUUGCAGGUGAUGAGCAGGAUGGCGCUGGAAGAAAGCGAAAGAAGAAGAAAACGAAUGACAACAAGACGUGAGGAGAACACGCGAGUGGAUCCGACCUAAUGUUUUUGUUUCAUACGAGUUGCUGGUAGUGAUGUACGACAAAUGCAUAUGGCGUCAAGUGAGAAAACAAUGAGACACUUCUCGUGUAUAAGUACAUGGUGAGGGUCAGUACUAUGCGAGACAGAGCAUCAAAGGGAUGCAGAAUAGAGCAUGGAAGCAAUCGGACAAUCGUACAACUAGGCAGCACCGACCAAAAAUGCAAACGGAAAAUGAUCACAUAGAGCAGGCAGUAGAGCUAUGGCGAGACCAUGCCCACAGCGCCGUUACCGUUCGCUGUAGGUGUCAUACUGUAGAACGUACCACCACCAUGAGAUUCCGUCGUCC